UUGAAUUUGACAAAUAGGUGUAGAGAAGUGUCAACGUCAACCAGACUAAACAUUAACCUUAAAAAUAGCGUCAAAAUUGUAGCUUUUAGUUAUUUAUUUCCUGAAUUGUUUUAUAAAAAUAUUUCGUAUGUAAAUAACUCAACGCAGAACUAUAAAAAUGCCGGCUUAUCAUUCCAGUUUUUUGGAGCCCUCCUCAAUUGUAGGCAACAUAGCAAUUCUGCCAAUAAAGACUCGAUUCAAAGGGCCUGGUCCAGUACAAAGUAAUGAGCAAGAACAGGAUAUCAUUGAUGAAUCACUCUUCUAUUUCAAAGCCAAUGUUUUCUUCAGAACCUACGAAAUUAAGUCCGAGGCUGAUAGAUUGUUGAUAUACAUUACUCUCUACAUAACAGAAUGCUUGAAGAAGCUGCAGAAAUGUAGUACUAAAGUUCAAGCCCAGAACGAGAUGCGAUCACUUGCCAUAUCUAGGUUUGAUAUACCAGGGGAUCCAGGUUUUCCACUCAAUUCAGUUUACAGUAAACCAGCAAAUCAAAAUGAUGGUGAUGUCUUGAAGGCGUAUUUGACGCAACUCAGACAGGAAGUGGGAAUGAGAGUUUGUGAUAAGGUUUUUGGAGAAGAUAAGAAACCAAGCAAGUGGUGGCUGUGCUUUGCCAAAAAGAAGUUUAUGGACAAGUCACUGUCUGGACCAGGCCAAUAAAUACUUAGAACAUAAUUGACAGCUAAAUUCCAAAACCUAUAAGUCAAAAUCUACAGCUUUUCAGGAGAGCAAAAAACUUAUCUGCUUAGUACAUGCUUUUUCUUUCUUGGUAUUUAAUAAUUUAUUGUUUUGAAAAAAUCAUGACAAAACAUGCUUUUCAACAGAAAAGAAAGAAGAGAAAAAAAAACAUGUACUAAGCACGGUUAUUAGACUUUAUUACGGUUGUCUUGUCCGACGGUGGUGGGGAGACUUAUAUUUUUGACUUUACGUCACAAGAGUUUACAUUCCCAUAUUUUUAAAUUAUUUUCGAUCAUUGAAUGUGUGUUAUUGUGUGUAUAUGUGUAUUAUUUGUGUUAUUAUGAAAUAAUUAGACAAAUAGUACACAUUUUAUCUUAUACUGGGUGGUGAAUCGUAAAAAUGGCCAUAGGAAACUCAAUGUAAAAUUCUGAAUUGUUGAAUUCCUGCUUCCCUAAUUAUUUUACAUCAAAAGUCAUGAGAGAAUACUUGUAGAGAAUUAAAAUCUGUAUUAAAAUCAAAAGUUUGUUCUACGAUUUAAAUGCAUUCCAAAAUUUUGAAAAAUAUGAUAAAUUUGCCACAAUAGGUAUGCGUGUAAAAGUAAGGCCACACGUUACUAUUUAACUGACAGUGCUCACACCAUUGACUGAAUAAAAAAAUCUUUAUUAUUAAUCCUUUCUCCGCAACUGAGGGUAUCUUAUCAACUAUAUUGUUUUUAAACAAUAGAUGCAAUAGAUGAUAAAAUAAAAAUAUUGACAGUUCAAAAAUGUGAACAUUAUUGCAUUGUGUGUGGCCUAAGUUUGGGCUGAAAACUAAAAUGUAUUACAUUUUUACAAAAUUUUUAACAGUUAUUUCCAAUACAGAUUCCAAUCCUCUACAAAUAGUUUCUAAUGUCUUUUGAUGUACAAUAAUUAUUAGGGAAGCUGGAAUUCAACAGUUAAGAAUUUUACCGAGUUAAUAUAAAAUUUUGACGCAUGUCAAAAUUCUCAAUGUGUUUUAAUUGUAUUCAUUUUUUUUCGAAUCCUGAGAAAACUAAUAAAUAUUUUUGAAAAAUUUAAACUCAGAAUGAAAGACUACAUUAUUACCGAGGGCUGAAAGUCCAUGAAAACUUCUAUAAUGUUUAUUUUAAUAAGUUACAGGGCUGAAAAUAAAAGAGAAGUGUGAUAUUUAAUUUCAAAUAUUUCAUUCAAUAGAAUCUGCUUGUUUAUUCUAAGGGGCUUUCCGCCCUCGGUAAUAAUGUAAUCUUGCAUCCUGCGUUUAAAUUUUUCUAAAAUACUCGGUUUUCUCAGGAUUCGAAAAAAAUCAUUUUACGAUUCAAAUGACAGUAAACUCUCGUGACGUAAUCUCACCCUUAAUGUUCAUUGGUUAGUCGAUUUAGGCAACCGUAGUAAUGUUUAAGAACCGUGUGUACUAAGUACCUAAAUUUUUUCUCUCUUCUGAAAAGUUGUAGAUUUUAACUUUAAGUUGUAGAGGUUUUGGAUUUAACUGUCGAUGUUAAGUGGAUAGUAAUUUAAUUUUCUGGUUAACUGCUUUUCAAAGCAAUGCAAAUAUAUUAUGUAAACAGUUUUAUGCUUUAAAAAUGUAUUUAUAUUAUUCUUUCUUACAAUGUUUCAAAUAUCUUUGUUUCCUAAAUAAAUUUUGAUUAUACAUAAAAAA